AUGGAGGUGGCCGAAAGCAGAGAGCCUGGCUCAGUUGGUCCACCAACGGGGGCAGAAUCCACAGUCACAAAUGGGGAUCAAAAUCCUCUUCUCGAUGACUCACUCAUGGAUGACCGGUCGAGUAGUCUGAGCGAAAUUGACUACGUCUCAGAAAAUGAGCCUUCCGACUACGAACCUGUGAAGCCGGAGAAGACGGUGCCCGAAAAUGAUUCCGAGGCCGAAACAGAGCGGAUCGAAGACUCUCCACACAGUGCUCGCUGGAGAAAAGAUAUUGUUCUGAGUGCAGCGAGUAGCCAUGGACCCAGCCCCAGCAAGUUGGCCCAGUCGACUACCUACGAAGAAGCCGAGGAUGAUGAAGACGACGAGGAGCAUGUCGCGGAUGAUUCUCCCAGCAAACCUCGUUCAAAAAGCAACGGGGUUGCCGAGGCUACUGAUGAAACCCCCGGCCUGGAGGAUUCCACAUUGUCAGACAGCUUGAGCAAGAAGCGCAAGCGCUUUGAGACUGGCGGUGAUGAUACAGGGACAGAAUUUGGCGAAGAUGAACCGCCCAAUAAGCGUCGCGGCUCUGUCAAGAGUGAUUUGAGCGACCCUCCCGCGGAUACUUUAACACCGGAACCAUUUGAAGAGCCGCCGAAGCCCACCGAAGAUGAUACGCCAGCAGAUGAAGUCCCCGAGUCGGAUCUACCUGCAGCUCCCGUAAAGGGCAAAAAGGGUAAAAAGGGCAAACGAAAGACACGGAAGACCAGAGAUCUGGAGGAGGAAACCGAGGUUGGUGGUGCCGUUGAGGGUCCUGAGGGUGGUGCGGAUGAUCAUCUAGAAGAUGACGACACCGCCGAACGAGGCGAGGAAGUAGAUGACGCUGAAGCCGCGGCAAAGCAUGAGGAAGAAUCAAAGAAGAUGUCUGCCAUGGAGUCCUUGACGGUAUUAGAACGAGAAUUUGCGACGCUGCGUGACAAGAUCUAUGACGAAAAAAUAUUUAAGCUCAAUCGUGAGCUAGAGAUGCUCACGGGACCCAAUCCUACCCAUCCCGAGUACCUACGUCAGCUUGAGUGUGUCCAGCGCUAUCGUGACGCAAAGGUCAACUACGAACACACUCUUUUCCAAUACCGGCUGAAGGCUCUGUUGAACAAGAGCCUUGCGGAGCGAGCGCAGACACAUAGUACCUUCUUCCAGCGUGCCCGGGAUAUUCGUGAAAGGCAUUCAAGUGCAAUCAGCCAGCAAUUCUAUGCCAUCCAACAUGAUCGUUUCAAGACAGAAGAGAUCAGCCCGCAUCAUUACAUUCCAUUCCCCACUCGCCGGUCCCAGCAGAUUGCGCAUCAAACUGCAUAUAAUCAGGAGGUGUCCGUGAUGGCCGGUGUCGCCAAAUACGUCGGUUUUCCGGCCGCUCCCUCUUUGGCUCCCGCACGCCCCUCCGAGCUCGAUGAUGACCUGGAAAAGAUGGGAAUUUCCGUUGAGCCGAGAAUUUCUGCUUCACAGCCCUCGGCGUCAUCGUCUCUACCGCGUGGUGCCAUGUCGGCCCUAUCUUCCAAUGCUUUCCGCACGGCUGCAGAAGAAGCUUUUCUGGAGCAAACUCCAUGGGCCAAUCCGCAACAUCCUGUUCACCAGCAGCAAACGCAGACCAGGCCUCAAGGUCGAGUAUUCGAGCAUCCACGAGCCCCCUCGUACACAACACCGGCCGCCCAGAAGCGGGUAGUUGAUGUCAAUGCCCCCAACGGGUCGGCAUCCACCAUCGCGGAGAACCCGUCCGCAACCAAUUCGCCAGCGAACAACACUCCCUAUGGUACGGAACAGGAACAGCCGCACCUCAAUAAUGGACACUUUGUGCAACCCGACUAUGACGCGGACCGAAAAUCAGGGUUCCGAUCACAAAGCUCCUCUCCGCUGGAUAUGCGGAAACCCCAUCCACACUUGAACCAUGCCCUCGGCCAUCGAUCUCCUCCCGAGAUGCGGCCGGACAACGCACGAAAUAAUGCCUACUCACCACCACCCGCACGGCUGGGGCUUUUCCAUGCAGCCGCCUCAAAACGCGAUUCCUCACCAUCACUGUCUAAACCUGCCAAUUCUGUUCAUCAGUCGACGGGAGUCGGCACUGGUCCUGCCUCGAAUCAGAUGGCUGCUCGAUAG